UUCAUUAUUCUUGACUACAGCUCCAGCAAAAAAAGAAGACAAUAGUGCGGCGUCGGAAAUUAUUUCCGAAAAUUGCUUAAAACCUUUAUUUAUUUAAAUUGUUUUUAAAGUUUGACUCAAAAUUAAAUAACUAGAGCAAAACUAAAGAAAUGAAAACUUUUGGCGAUGAUUAAAAGAGCUUAACAAAAAAUUCGAGAGGUAAAGACAUCCAACCGGAAAAAGGAUAUGAACAAUAUCAGACAGGUUGAGAUAAUUGUAAAAUCAGUUCAAACAAGAAUCAGGUAUGGUAUUUUUCAAAUACAAUGCCGGCUUAGCACAGAGCUUUGAUAAAUUUUGUGUUUAUAUUUGCCCUCGGAACACUCAACCAAUCCUUUAUUAUAUGAUAAUUUCUUAAAAUUCGAGCUCUUAUUUCAAUAAUCAUACGAGAAUUACAGCUUUUUUAUUUUUAAAGGGCAGCCAGUUGGCUACACCAGAGAGGCGUUGGCAAGAAAGAUGUCCUUCUGUGUCUGGUGCCAACAUCUCCUGAGCAGACCUUUAUAUCGCUAGGGGCAACGGUCUUGGGGGCAACAACGAUAUGUUCCAUGGUGAAAUAUCAGGACGGCUCCGACAUUGUACCGCUGAUAAACUGUGGUGAUGUCACUGUCAUUGUCAUGGACCAGGCAGACAAACAAGUCAUUUCCACUCUGGAGACCUUCAUCCCAAACUUGUCAGCUGGCCCUGUCACAAGCCAAGCGUUUCCGUCGGUCAAAACUGCCAUCUUUUGCAACCGUCAUCCAGAAGAGGAAGAGUUGUCGUUUCUGGAGUUGAUAUCCAGGAAUCAGAAGCCAGAGUUGUUGAUGUCAGUCCUGAUGAUGUAGCGACAAUUUUCGUGACGUCUGGCACAUCAGGUCAAUCAAAGCUUGUACCCAAAACACAUCGGCAAAUCUGGACAAUGGCAAUGCAGAGCUAUGAGAUAUGCCCCACAGCAGACGGUGAUGUUAUAUUCAAUGGCAGCUCCCUUGGGUGGAUUUCUGGGUACCCGUUCCUCUACUUUGCGUUUGGACAAACACGGGUGGUUCCCUACGUGAAAAAAUCGCCACCUGAUGAUGAAGACAAAUUCCUGCUGGAUGUGUUACGACAAGAGAAAGUCACACAACUGUUUACUUCACCUGCAAGCCUGAAGAAAUUGCUGGCACGCAAUGACCUCCUGAAGACUCCCUUUACCUGGACGGUUAGAACCGUUAUUUUUGGAGGCAGCGUCUUCAGGAAGGAGUUUUCCCGUAUUCUGGAAAAACUGAGCGUGGAAAUACGAGUGCGGUAUGGGUGUACGGAGAUUGGCUUUGCCGCCUACAAGGUGUACACCGACAAGGUCCAGAUGGAAGACUUCAAAUGCGGGAAGCCUGUGAAAGGUGUGGAGAUCAUGGUUGUGGAUGACAAUCUCAAGGAAGUUCCUCCGAAUACCAAAGGGAACAUCAUGAUCAAGAACAACGGCUUUUUCUCUGGGUACCUGAAGCAGCCAGCUCUGACAGCGGUCGCCCUACCGGAGGAGGGUUGGUUUAGGCCCGGUGACAUUGGGUGGCUCAACGAUGAAGGCGAAAUCUUUAUUGAGGGAAGACAAUCGGAAGCUAUUUCAAUUGGGAGUUUCAAGAUGUUUCCACAGCCGCUGGAGUCCCACCUCAUGAAGUGUCCAGGAGUGUAUGAUGUGGCUGUGGUGGCUAUCCCUGACAAGGACUUCGAGAAUGUUCCGUGCAUCUGCCUCGUGCGGUAUCCCACACCCGAGGGCGACGAAGUUGUACCCGAAGAACUUAUUCGCAGAUGUUCCGAGUAUUUCCAAGAAAGUUUUGUCCAUGAAAACAUAGAACAAGAACUCGGCGUUCCUAAAGUGUGUCUGGUGUUUGACAAGUUCCCUGUGAAUUCCAACGGCAAGUUGCAGCGAAGAGCUUUACGAGAUAUGGCUAUAGAGAGACUUUUCAUCAGGCAGACUGAAAUCUGACUUUCUAGUUUUCCUUGGACAUUGGUUAGAAACCAUAACAAUCGCUUCUAAGUAGAAAUGCUGUGCAGAUUUGAAUUUUUGUUCUCAAUAUCUAUCUCAAGACCGUUUUGGUUUCUUUUAAUUUUUAUUUAGUUACGAUUCAUAAAUUAACAUGUGGCAUGUUCUCUGUUCCGUUGGGUUUUUUUUUUCUUAGCGAUAUGUUUCAGUUAUCAGAGAUACAAAAUGCUCAAGUUAACAGUAAAAUGAUCUUGGGAGUUUGAAGUCCUUCGUUAUGCAUUUUGAUUAGAUGCAUGUAAUUUAUUUUGCAAGCCCUAGUAAGCAAACUUGCAUGGGUUGGGGGCUAGUGUGUUAAUCUUAACUCACGUAUCUAUCGACUGUUUAUUAUAAUUAAUUAAUUUUAUUUGUACAUCGUCUAUUCAUAUUACAAUAAAGAAGUAUGAUAAAGUACUUUACCCACAUUUUUAUUAUAUCAUUAUCAUAGAUUAAGAAUACCUUCCCCUAAUCGUGUUCACAAGAAACAUUGAGUUAAACUUUAUACAUAGACAGCAGCUACAUGGUAAUACAUCCACUCGAGAUGUGACCCUUUAGAUUUUGGGCGAUGUAAUCAGGGAUGAUAGGAUAUGGUCACCAUCCUCACAAAAAGAUAAUCCUGAUAAAAGUUUGCAAAGGUUAAACCUGUCUUAACUGUUCCACUCGUGUGUGAGUGUCGAAAAUAUCCCUAAACAAACCAACCUUGAUGUAACAGCUGUGAGACAUUUAUAAAAGUUUGUCGCAAGUUUGGUGGUUGAGUUUAUGUUCAUACAUCCUCCUCACCUACUAUAAUAUAUUCUCUAAAUAAAGAUCACCGCAAAGCAAAUGUUUAGAAUUCAAUCAAGAUUUUUUUUAUCUUACAAUAUCUCUCCCUCUCUCAGAAUUUGAACAAUGUCGUUACAUUGAAGAUUACUUUGCCCCUGUCCUUAAUAUUUAUUUCUUUACUCAUACCCAUCCCGCUUACACAUAGGGUAAGUUACUAUCAGGAGGAAAAAAUAUCAGAACAUGGUGACUCCCCUUUAGAGUCUAGCAGAGAACACUUUUCUGAAUGAGACGGUAAAGCUUUGUGGAAGGUAAUUCCAACAUCCGGGUAAUUUCCUCUUCUAGCUACCCAGAUACACGCCUACAAAUAAAUAAGCUUGCACACAAUGUUAAAUACACUUAGUGAGGA